AGAUUCCAGAGUAUAAAUUGAAGACAAGAAACUCGAAACUCUACAGAGAGAGAGAGAGAGAGAGAGAGAGAUAUCAGGCAUUUGCAGUCCCUGUCCGAGAAAUCUCCGCAUCGCAACUUCUAUCUCUCAUCGCCUCACAAAUCCCUCCUCUGCAAAAUCUCAGAUCAAAUCUAGCUUUGAAGGUUAAAAAAAACAUACUCCAAUGCUUCUGGCAUUUUCCCUCUGCCUGCAUUGAUUACAGCGAGAAUUUCUUGGAUUUCGCUCUGUUCUCUGAAAUCUCUGAAAGAUGUCGCAUCUGGGUAGGACAGGCGAUCUAGAUCGGUAUUAUUACAGGAAGUGAAAUUCAGAAAAGCUGGCGGCGACACUAUCUUGGAGAUAUUCGAGCGGCAAUGGCAGCAGCCAUGGAACUAAUGAUCUGGAAAGAAAUGUGGAGUCAAAACUUCAAGAUCUCGAGCCUCCAACUCCGCACUCUGUCAUGAAGAUGAGUUUGAGGGACCGUGGUAAUAUGGAGGAUGCAGAUGGGACACUGGCAAGUGUCGCCCAAUGCAUUGAGCAGUUGCGUCGGAGUUCUUCAUCAGUGCAAGAAAAAGAGAACUCUUUGAAGCAGUUGCUUGACCUUAUUAACAGCCGUGAUAAUGCUUUCAGUGCGGUUGGAUCUCACUCUCAAGCAGUUCCAAUACUCGUUUCUCUUCUCAGAUCAGGAUCACUUGGAGUAAAGAUACAGGCUGCAACUGUCUUAGGGUCUUUAUGUAGGGAGGAUGAACUAAGGGUAAAAGUAUUGCUUGGGGGUUGCAUCCCAACAUUGCUUGCCCUCCUCAAGUCCAGCUCAACGGAAGCUCAAAUUGCAGCUGCAAAGGCUAUUUAUGCUGUUUCUCAAGGUGGGGCAAAGGAUCAUGUUGGAUCAAAGAUCUUUUCAACUGAAAGAGUUGUUCCUGUGCUGUGGGAGCAACUACAAGAUGGGCUCAAGGUUGAAAACUUGGUUGGUAACCUAUUAACAGGAGCUUUGAGAAACCUGUCCAGCAGCACUGAGGGAUUUUGGCCUGCAACAAUAGAAGCAGGAGGAGUGGAUAUACUUGUGAAGUUGCUUGCAUCUGGAGAGUCGAGCACCAAAGCAAAUGUUUGCUUUCUUCUUGCAUGUGUGAUGAUGGAAGAUGCAUUUGUUUGUUCUAAGGUCUUAUCUGCAGGAGCUACCAAACAACUCCUCAAGUUACUGGUAACUGGUAAUGAAGCUUCUGUUAGAGCAGAAGCUGCAGGAGCUCUAAGAUCUCUUUCUGCUCAGUGUAAAGAAGCAAGGCGGGAGAUAGCUAGUUCUAAUGGGAUCCCUGCUCUGAUCAAUGCUACUAUAGCUCCAUCAAAAGAAUUCAUGCAAGGUGAGCAUGCUCAAGCACUUCAGGAAAAUGCAAUGUGUGCUCUGGCGAAUAUCUCAGGUGGUCUAUCGUAUGUCAUCUCAAGCCUUGGUGAAAGCCUCAACUCGUGCACAUCACAUGCGCAGAUUGCUGACACAUUAGGGGCUUUAGCUUCAGCCCUUAUGAUAUAUGACAGCAAAGCAGAAUCUAUUAGACCAUCAGACCCUUCCAUUAUUGAGCAGAUUCUGGUUAAGCAGUUUAAACCAAGGUUACCGUUUCUUGUACAGGAGCGUACAAUAGAAGCCCUAGCCAGCUUAUAUGGGAAUGCUAUACUCUCAAGGAAACUUACUAGUCCUGAUGCAAAGCUCUUGCUUGUUGGGUUGAUCACCAUGGCCACUGAUGAGGUUCAGGUGGAGCUGAUGAGAUCCCUGCUCAUACUUUGCAACAGUGAAGGCAGUCUUUGGCGUGCACUUCAAGGUCGUGAAGGGGUUCAACUGCUAAUCUCUCUUCUUGGCCUUUCAUCAGAGCAGCAGCAGGAAUGUGCAGUUGCACUGCUUUGCCUUUUAUGUAAUGAAAAUGAUGAAAGUAAAUGGGCUAUUACGGCAGCUGGGGGUAUACCUCCACUCGUUCAAAUUUUGGAAACAGGAUCUGCAAAAGCAAAGGAAGAUUCUGCAAUAAUUCUUGGAAAUCUCUGUAACCACAGUGAAGAUAUACGAGCAUGUGUUGAAAGUGCUGAUGCUGUUCCUGCUUUAUUAUGGCUUCUUAAAAAUGGAAGCGUGAACGGUAAAGAGAUUGCAGCAAAGACACUGAAUCAUCUCAUCCAUAAGUCCGAUACAGGGACCAUCAGCCAACUCACUGCUUUGCUAACCAGUGAUCUACCUGAGUCUAAAGUUUAUAUUUUGGAUGCACUGAGAAGUCUGCUUGCUGUUGCUCCCAUUAGUGAUAUAUUGCAUGAAGGAAGCGCCGCCAAUGAUGCCUUUGAAACAAUGAUAAAAAUUUUGAGCUCUACAAAGGAAGAGACACAAGCUAAGUCAGCGUCAGCUCUUGCAGGACUGUUUGCUUGCCGGAAAGACUUACGAGAAAGCAGCAUUUCUGCUAAAGCUCUUUUGCCAGCCAUAAAGCUGCUGAAUGUGGAUUCUGAAAUGAUCUUAACUGAAUCUUCACGCUGUCUUGCUGCUAUUUUCCUUUCAAUUAAGGAAAAUCGGGAAGUAGCCUCUAUUGCUGGUGAUGCAUAUUCUGCAUUAGUUGUUCUUUCCAACUCAGUUUUAGAAGUUGCAGAACAGGCAACACGGGCUUUGGCUAAUCUUCUUUUGGAUGGUGAAAUCUCAGAGCGAGCUGUUCCUGAAGAGAUCAUUUUGCCUGUUACAAGGGUGCUGCGUGAUGGUACAAUUGAUGGGAGGACCCAUGCUGCAGCAGCAAUUGCUCGCAUUCUUCAUUGUCGCUCUGUUGAUCAUGCACUCUCUGACACUGUAAAUCAUGCUGGAACUGUGCUUGCACUAAUUUCUCUUCUAGAAUCUGCUAGUGUUGAAACUGCUGCCACAUCAGAAGCACUUGAUGCGCUUGUUCAGUUGUCGAGAUCAAAAGGAACUAAUGGGCAUGUCAAACCGGCAUGGGCAGUCCUUGCUGAAUACCCCCACACCAUACUUCCAUUAGUUUCAUGUGUAGCUUCUGCAACACCCUUGCUGCAGGACAAAGCUAUAGAAAUUUUGUCAAGACUCUGCCAAGAUCAGUCUGUUGCUCUCGGGAAUACUAUAGCUAGCACCUCUGGAUGUAUGUCAUCAAUCACAAGAAGAGUGAUUAGCUCCAAGCAUAUGAAAGUCAAAGUUGGAGGUGCUGCACUUCUUAUUUGUGCUGGGAAAGAGCAUCACCAAAAAGUAGUAGAAGAGCUGAAUGUAUCUAACAUGAGCUUCCAUCUCAUUCAAUCUCUUGUUGAAAUGCUUGCUUCGACACAUUCUCAUUUCCGUGGAGAGCAUGGGGACAAUGCUAACAAGGAAAUAAGCAUUUACAGGCACCCUGCUGAGAAAGAUGAAAAUGGUGAAACUGAAAGUGCUACAUCAGUGAUUCGAAGCAACACUGUGGCAAUUUGGCUACUCUCUAUGCUUGCACGUCACGAUAGCAGAAGUAAAGUUGCUAUCAUGGAGGCUGGAGCAAUUGAAGUUCUCACAGACAAGAUUGCACAGUAUACAUCCCGAGCUACACAGGGUGAUUCUGAAGAAGAUAGCAGUAUAUGGGUUUAUGCUCUACUUCUCGCUGUUAUGUUUCAAGACAGAGAUAUCAUUCGGGCACACGCAACCAUGCGUACCAUUCCUGUACUUGCAAACAUGUUGAAGUCAGAGGAAUCAGCGGCUAGAUAUUUUGCAGCACAAGCAGUAGCCAGUCUGGUCUGUAAUGGUAGCCGAGGGACUCUGCUGGCUGUUGCCAAUUCAGGGGCAGCCGGUGGGCUCAUAUCUUUACUUGGCUGUGCUGAUGCUGAUAUAUCUAAUCUUCUGGAACUGUCAGAGGAGUUUGCAUUGGCGCGUUAUCCAGAGCAAGUCGCUUUGGAGAGGCUCUUCAGAGUUGAGGACAUCAGAGCUGGUGCGACUGCUCGGAAAGCAAUACCUGCCCUUGUAGAUUUACUCAAACCAAUUCCAGAUCGACCUGGUGCACCUCUUCUGGCACUAGGGCUCCUGACUCAGCUUGCAAAAGAUAGCUCCCCAAACAAGCUUGUAAUGGUAGAAGCUGGGGCUCUAGAGGCACUAACCAAGUAUCUCUCACUUGGACCGCAAGAUACGACAGAAGAAGCAGCCACAGAUUUAUUAGGGAUUCUGUUUAGCAGUGCUGAAAUACGGCGACAUGAGUCCGCAUAUGGUGCAGUGAAUCAACUUGUGGCAGUUCUACGUCUAGGUGGAAGGAACUCGAGGUACAGCGCAGCUAAAGCAUUGGAGAGCUUGUUUUCAUCUGACCAUAUCAGGAAUGGAGAAACAGCUCGGCAAGCUAUUCAACCACUUGUGGAGAUUCUUAACACCGGCUUGGAGAGAGAGCAACAUGCUGCUAUUGCUGCAUUGGUUAGGUUAUUGCAUGAAAAUCCAUCAAGAGCCCUUUCUGUUGCAGAUGUUGAGAUGAAUGCAGUGGAUGUCCUCUGUCGCAUUCUUUCCUCAAAUUGUUCAAUGGAGCUGAAGGGUGAUGCGGCGGAGUUAUGUUGUGUCCUUUUCGGGAAUACAGGAAUUCGCUCUACAAUGGCUGCCGCUCAUUGUGUGGAGCCUCUGGUGUCUCUACUUGUAAGCGAGUUCAGUCCUGCUCAGCAUUCAGUGGUCCGGGCCCUGGAUAAGCUAUUGGAUGAUGAGCAAUUAGCAGAACUAGUUGCUGCACAUGGUGCUGUCAUUCCUCUAGGCGGUCUUUUGUUUGAUAGAAAUUACACACUUCAUGAAUCUGUUACAAGAGCUCUGGUGAAGUUAGGAAAAGAUCGGCCAGCUUGUAAGAUGGACAUGGUAAAAGCAGGAGUCAUUGAAAGCAUACUUGAAAUUCUCCAUGAAGCACCCAAUUUUCUCUGUGCCGCGUUCGCAGAAUUGCUUCGGAUCUUGACCAACAAUGCUAGCAUAGCUAAGAGUUCGUCUGCAGCUAAAGUGGUAGAUCCCCUUUUCCUGCUCUUAACAAGGCCAGAGUUUGGUCCCGACGGACAGCACAGUGCUUUACAAGUUCUUGUUAAUAUUUUUGAACUUCCACAGUGUCGUGCAGAACAUAGCUUAACACCUCAACAGGCUAUCGAACCACUUAUUGCAUUACUGGAUUCACCAACUCAAGCAGUGCAGCAGUUGGCAGCUGAACUUCUUUCGCAUCUGCUCAUGGAAGAUCAUCUACAGAAGCAUGCAAUAACACAGCAAGCAAUUGGUCCACUGAUUCAUGUAAUUGGAUCUGGCAACCACAUUCUUCAGCAGAGAGCUAUAAAAGCUAUGGUGAGCAUCGCAUUAGCUUGGCCCAGUGCAAUCGCAAAACAGGGCGGCGUCUAUGAGCUGUCCAAAGUGAUAUUGCAAACAGACCCUCCAUUGCCUCAUGCCUUGUGGGAAUCUGCUGCAUCUGUUUUAUCCAGUAUUCUGCAGUUUAGUUCCGAAUAUCAUUUGGAGGUUCCAGUUGCAGUACUGGUAAGGUUGCUUCGUUCUGGAACAGAAAGUACAGUUGUUGGUUCAUUAAAUGCCCUGCUUGUGUUGGAAAGUGAUGAUGCCACCAGUGCAGAAGCAAUGGCUGAGAGUGGUGCUAUAGAGGCUCUUUUGGAACUACUCAAGUGUCAUCAGUGCGAGGAAACUGCAGCAAGAUUGCUAGAAGCAUUGCUAAACAAUGUGAAGAUCAGAGAAACAAAAGCUGCUAAAUCUGUGAUUUCACCACUAUCCCAGUACCUUCUGGAUCCUCAGACUCAAGCUCAGCAACCGAGGUUGCUAGCAACUCUUGCUCUUGGCGAUCUAUUCCAGAAUGAGGGACUUGCUCGGUCUACUGAUGCCGUUUCAGCAUGUCGAGCGCUGGUCAAUGUGCUUGAGGAUCAACCGACGGAAGAAAUGAAAGUUGUUGCAAUUUGUGCCUUGCAAAACCUCGUGAUGUAUAGUCGGUCGAAUAGAAGGGCAGUUGCGGAAGCUGGUGGUGUUCAGGUUGUACUGGACCUCAUUGGUUCUAGCGAUCCUGAUACAUCAAUUCAGUCUACAAUGUUUGUUAAGCUUCUCUUCUCUAACAAUACCAUUCAAGAGUACGCUUCUAGCGAAACAGUGAGAGCUAUAACUGCUGCUAUUGAGAAGGAUUUAUGGGCCACAGGAACUGUGAAUGAAGAGUACCUGAAAGCUCUAAAUGCAUUAUUUAGCAAUUUCCCGCGUUUGAGAGCUGCGGAGCCAGCCACACUCAGUAUUCCCCAUCUGGUCACGUCACUUAAAACUGGCACCGAGGCAACACAAGAAGCUGCAUUAGAUUCACUUUACCUUCUAAGGCAAGCAUGGUCAGCAUGCCCGGCUGAAGUCUCUAAAGCUCAGUCUGUUGCUGCAGCAGAUGCAAUCCCUUUGCUGCAGUACUUGAUUCAAUCUGGACCACCUCGCUUUCAGGAGAAGGCAGAACACCUUUUGCAGUGUUUGCCAGGGACACUGAUGGUGAUAAUAAAGCGCGGCAACAAUUUGAAGCAAUCAGUAGGAAACCCAAGUGUCUACUGCAAGCUCACACUUGGCAGCACUCCACCCCGGCAGACUAAGAUUGUGUCUACGGGUCCUACUCCUGAAUGGGAUGAAAGCUUUGCGUGGGAAUUUGACAGCCCUCCAAAGGGCCAGAAGCUUCACAUCUCCUGCAAGAACAAGAGCAAAAUCGGAAAGAGCAAGUUCGGUAAAGUGACAAUUCAGAUCGACCGUGUGGUUAUGCUGGGAGCAGUUGCCGGAGAGUACACGCUGCUGCCCCAAAGCAAGAGCGGGCCACCUCGUAACCUGGAAAUUGAAUUCCAAUGGUCGAAAAAAGCAAAUAACAACCUCCAAUGAGGUAAGCAGGUCGUCUCCCUCGUUGUAAUUGUAACAUUGAGAGAAAAAAAAAUGCAUUUCUUCCUCUCUUAUUUGUAUGUUGAUGUAUAUAGUCUGCAGAUGAGCUUGUUUUCUGCAGAGCAUUGAGACUCUGAUGUUGUGUCCCUUUUUUUUUCUGCUUGCUUGUUUUUGAAAUAUUCUUCAUUGAUUUGUUCUUUGAGAGUUGUGGGUGAUCAGUAUGGCAAAAGAAAUGUAGCAUGUUGUCAUUUUGA